GUUAGAUAUAAUACAUUAUAGUAAUGUCAGCCAUUGUUUAUCUAACAUGAUGUCGUACUAUUACAACAGCUUGAGACUCUGGACAUCUUCUCUGAAGAUCUCCGUGAACGUCCCAAUGCAUCACGUGACCUAGCUCAGUUCAUCUGUAAGAUGCCUCAUCUGAAGAACCUGACACUCAAUAGGGAGUACAAGGCCUUUCUUCACGAUGACUUCUACUCAACAUCAUCGUCGAUGGCAUCAUCAGCAAAGAUUGAGACUGUGGACAUCUUCUCUGAAGAUCUCCGUGAACGUCCCAAUGCAUCACGUGAUCUCGCUCAGUUCAUCUGUAAGAUGCCUCAUCUGAAGAACCUGACACUCAAUGGGAAGUACGAGGUCUUUCUUCACGAUGACUUCUACUCAACAUCAUCGUCGAUGGCAUCAUCAGCAAAGAUUGAGACUCUGGACAUCCCCUCUGAUGAUCUCCGUGAACGUCCCAAUGCAUCACGUGACCUAGCUCAGUUCAUCUGUAAGAUGCUUCAUCUGAAGAACCUGACACUUAAUGGGAAGUACGAGGUCUUUCUUCACGAUGACUUCUACUCAACAUCAUCGUCGAUGGCAUCAUCAGCAAAGAUUGAGACUCUGGACAUCCCCUCUGAUGAUCUCCGUGAACGUCCCAAUGCAUCACGUGAUCUCGCUCAGUUCAUCUUUAAGAUGCCUCAUCUGAAGAACCUGACAUUUAGUGGUUUCUGUCACGAUGACUUCUACUCAACAUCAUCGGAGAUGGCAUCAUCAACAAAGAUUGAGACUCUGGACUUCUCCUAUGAUGAUCUCCGUGAACGUCCCAAUGCAUCACGUGACCUAGCUCAGUUCAUCUGUAAGAUGCCUCGUCUGAAGAACCUGACAUUCUGGGGUUCCUGUCACGAUGACUUUUACUCAACGUCAUCGGCGAUGGCAUUGUCUGCAAAGAUUAAGACUCUGGUCAUCUCUGGUCAUCUCAGUAAACGUCCCAAUUCAUCACGUCAUCUCGCUCAGUUCAUCUUUACGAUGCCUCAUCUGAAGAACCUGACACUCGGUGGUUACUAUCACGAUGACUUCUACUCAACAUCAUCGGUGAUGGCAUCAUCAGGAACGAUCAAUAUGAUCUAG